CACCAACACGAUAACACGGCCCUCUCGUCACCAAGCUGCUCUCACUCUCCCAGCCGUCUGAUUUUAUUAGCAAUCUAGAGUUGUAGCACGACUCCCGCGUUUGGUGUUUCGGCUGCUCCCCAGUCGCCAAGUCGUCGCGUUCCGUCCGCUGCUCGCACCCUCGCAGCUCGCCAGCGGCGACUCACUAGGACACCAGCGCCCCACUGCACUCGCACGGGACCCUUGAAUGCUCGGUCACGGUUCUGGCGAUAUGCACGACUGAAGUCAAACGCCGCCCUCGACGCUGCCCUGCCCUGCCCUACCAUUCCACACCCUAGUGGUCCGCGCUCGAGUGCCCCCAGCCGCUGUCACCACUCGACCCACCGAGAAAACCGCUGGUCGUCCUUUACAACAUGACCUCGGCCCCCUCCGGCCCCGGCCCUGACGGUCGAUCGCAGACGGCACAUGGUGAGACUGAGGCCAUGGAUCCGUACGCCACCGUGGGACAGUUCUCGUUCGCACCGGCGACCAAGACGACGGUCGUGACGACGACGUACACGACGACGACGACCUACCCGCCCAUGUGCAUCAACGCGCCAGGAAGCCUAGGAGGACGAGAUCCCAAAGACUAUCCGCUCGCCCACAUGCAAGCACCCGAGUCGAUACGCAAAAUCUACUUCGAUGCCGGAGGCGAGCUGGCGUGCUUCGAGGAGGCGAAUGCUACGGCGGAUAAACUGCACGAGCACAAGUCUCUCCACGACGGCCUGCGCGCCGCAAAUGGCACCCUGCAAAAGGUUCAGUCCUACCACGGACCGCCAGUCUUCGCAACACCGAACCGCGCGACUCGCCCCAACAUGAGCACCCACCACCAAUCGCUACCGUCGGGCUCUAGUCGACGAAAGCGAGAGAAUGCCGACGACACCACACCUCUGCCGUCAAUACGAGAAGCAGCUGAACUCGCAAGUUUCCAACGCCGAAGCAAGAAACCACGUAUAUCCAUGCUGGGCGACAGGGGUGGAGACGUUGCGCACGCAUCAUCUCACUACACGCCUGAAGAUCUCGAAAACUCGGUUCCCACAACACCAGACACGGACAUGGGAGGACUGGAAUCGUCAAAGGUGCUGAGAGCCAAGUCGGGCUUGCGUACAUCAACAAACACCGCUGGAUACCCCUCGCAAGCAACUGGGCAGCCACAGCCAUCAGCUCGCUGGCACCUCCACGAGUCGUUUGCGGGACCUUCGAACGCUGAGAACAGUUCCUUCGAGAGCCAAGAACGCUCGUGUGGCCGCUCCUUCUCCACGACGGUUGGCCACCUAGACGGCCCUGGUGUUGUUGCUACGCCUCCCAUCGCCGAAUCUGACAUGGAGCCCGUUGGUUCCUUUGAUAGCUCAUACUCGUCCACCCAGCUGACGCCUCUGGACAUCAGUUCUGCGCAAGAUGCUAGCCUCCCCAGCCCGAGCCUUUCUCCCAUUACUGCUGCCGCUAACAUGGCCCAGCAGAAUGCUGCUGGAGCUUCAUUCUCCGACACAGAAGGCAAUGACGGUUUGAACAACGGUACAGGACUUGACAUGGACGAUUUUACUCUCUUCCCCCCCGCGCUGGGACCGGUCGAGACUUCGAACGCGAAUGGAGCAAUCAGCCCUAAUCCGCAAUUGAUGACGCCGGGUACUAUGGAUAUCCCGGGUAUGCUGAACACAUUCGACGCUCUCCCGGAACAAAUGAAGUCCUAUGUCAUGUACCAGCUGCUGCGGAGAUGCAAAAAGCCGACACUAAACUUUGUGGCUGAUGUUGUCAAUCCAGCCUUGAAGUGCGACUUUCUGACCCUGUUGCCCACCGAACUCAGUCUUCAAAUCAUCAGCUACCUGGACGCCAAGAGUAUGUGCAGCGCUGCACAAGUAUCGAAGCGUUGGCGAACACUCACCAACUCGCACGAAACUGCUUGGAAAGCACUGCUUGAGGAAGACGGUUACAAGCUGCCCAAGGGGGAAGUGGAACGUGCCGUCAAAGAGGGGUGGGGAUGGCAAUUUCCUGAGUCGUCCGACAGCUAUGAACGCGACUUGAGAGCGCUAUUCGUUGCUUCCCGAUCAGACAACGAGGCUCAUCCUGGCUCUCCUGGAUCUAGUAUAUCGGGUAGUACCCUGGAUCAUGAAGGCGCAGUAACACGAUCGUCUUCUACACGCCAGAAGAGAAAAGCCACGAGUAAACAUGGGUCGUCGAAGAAGCUGCGCAAAAAGGGUUCAUCGUCAGCCAAAUCGCAGCUCGCCUUCUACUCCCGGUCCACAGCGUCUGCAAGAGGGGCGACUGCAUAUGCGAAGCGCGCGGAGGAGGCAAUUCCUGACCCGAACGUAGGCUUGUCGAGUUUGGGCGGGAUGCACUUUUUCAAGUCGCUCUACCAGCGACAUCAUCUCAUUCGGAAGAGCUGGAUGGCAGAGGACACCAAACCCAAGCACAUUGCGUUUCGUGCACAUCAACGCCACGUUGUCACGUGUCUUCAAUUUGAUACAGACAAGAUACUGACCGGUAGCGACGACACCAAUAUCAACGUGUACGAUACCAAGACUGGAGUGCUCCGCAGCCGUCUCGAAGGACACGAAGGUGGGGUUUGGGCUUUGCAGUACGAUGGUAACACGCUAGUGUCUGGAUCUACCGAUCGCUCUGUGCGGGUAUGGGAUAUUGAAAAGGGCAAAUGUGUACAAACCUUUCAGGGGCACACAUCGACGGUGCGAUGUCUUGUCAUUCUCAAGCCAACGCAGAUUGGCGAGACACUGGACGGUCAGGCGAUCAUGAUGCCCAAGGAAGAUUUGAUAAUCACGGGUUCGCGCGAUUCGACACUCCGUGUAUGGAAGCUGCCCCAGCCUGGCGAACGGAGCAUUAUGCAGACAGGACCGGCUGCCAAUGACCAUGACAACCCAUACUUUAUCCGUGCUUUGACUGGACACCACCACUCGGUCCGGGCCAUUGCUGCUCGUGGCGAUACGCUUGUCAGUGGGAGCUAUGACUGCACGGUUCGUGUAUGGAAGAUAUCGACUGGAGAGGUGAUGCAACGUCUGCAGGGGCACUCUCAGAAGGUUUACAGUGUUGUGUUGGAUCACGGUCGCAACCGUUGUAUAAGCGGAUCGAUGGACAACAUGGUCAAGGUGUGGUCGCUCGAGUCGGGUGCUUGCAUCUUCACGCUGGAAGGGCAUACAUCACUGGUGGGUCUCCUGGAUCUAAGCCACGAACGACUUGUUUCGGCAGCGGCCGACUCGACACUACGGAUAUGGGAUCCUGAGAACGGGCAAUGCAAGAGCCGGCUUUGUGCUCACACGGGUGCCAUUACUUGCUUUCAGCAUGAUGGGCAAAAGGUGAUUUCGGGGUCGGAUAAGACGCUCAAGAUGUGGAAUGUCAAGACGGGCGAGUUUGUCAAGGACUUGCUGACGGACCUGAGCGGGGUAUGGCAAGUCAAGUUCAAUGAGCGGCGAUGUGUUGCGGCUGUGCAACGGAACAGCAUGACGUACAUUGAGGUCUUGGACUUUGGGGCUUCACGCGACGGUGUUCCUGCGGAUCAACGAGGGCGCAGAAUCGUCGUGGACAGCAGAGGGCAUGAGAUUGAAGACGUGACGGAAGAGGCGAUGGAGGUGGAGCAAGGGUAGGGUGUGCCUUUUACGACACUACAUGUGUUGGGGCUAGAAUUUGCGGGGCAGAAGCUAUGAUGAAGGCGAGGGAUGGUUAUGGGGAGGGUGGUAUGAUGGAUUCGUGCGUGCAUGUCUUUUUGUGUAUACCCUUUGUGAACAGGCGUCUGUUUUGGGGAUGGGGAGGAGUCGAUGUGCAUAGCUAUGGCGUUUUUAGUCGAUGGGUGCAUGGACUGGCAAAUUAACUCUGAGCUAUGCGCUAUGGAGUUGUCGACGAAUGGAAGCAUUUCUCCGUUGGCAUGGCGGGCAGCGCAUGUGUUUCGUGGAUAAUCGAG